UUCGCAUCCCCCACGCUUUGCCAGCUCAUCACACAUUCCACGUACAACGCCUCAAAAACUAGGUCAAAAUUUGAUUGUGUUAGUGGAGCAAAAUGACAACGGUGGCUACUUCGAAGUUUGACCCCAACAACGCACAAAAUGCGGUCGAGAUCGAGAAACAGUUCGCUGUGAAGGCUGUUGAGCAAGCCCAGACUUACUGGAAUCUCCUCGAAAAGAUCUCACCGCGAGAACUCAGGCUCACCAAACUAGAUGAUGAGAUCUACGAACACACAAUGAAGACGUUCCCCGAGUUCGAGGAGGAAGGUCACGCAAAGCUCAUCCGACUGGACGAGGAUGCCAUGAAGAGCAAGGACGGGAAGGAGAAGUGGAGGACAUUUAUCAAUUCGUACGAGAAGAAAGUGAAGGACCACAACUUUGGCUCGCUCAUCCGAAUGAACUGUGAGGAUGAGUAUAGCGAGACGAACACUAUCUUCGUGACACGAAUACAGUUCUACGCUAUCGAAAUCGCCCGCAACCGUCUAGGCCUGAACGACAAAGCGCACGAGAUUGCAAAAGAAGAAGCCCGCAAAGAGAAGGAGAAGAAAGAGAAAGAGGCUGCAAAAGCUGCGAAGAAGAAGAGCAAGGCGUCAUAA